CUCUCCGGGCACACCCUUCGGUCAAGCGUGGGGCACCUCUGCGGCGGGGCGGCGCACCGAUACACCGUCGCAGCUGCCCACUUCGAGCCGCCCAAGCAUGAUUAAGGACAAGCGCCUUCGGUGGAAGGUGAUCCAGGCGAUGGGCCCGCUGCUGCCCAUCCCGCUGGGUUGCUACUUCCUGUACAAGGCGAUCAAGUCCUUCAACCGCUCGCCUCCUCCGUACCACACAGACAUGCAGCGGCCGCUCUACCCGGAGCCGGUCUACAAGGGCAUCUCCUUCGCGCCCAGCACCUUCGCGAGCAACAUGACGUCGCGGGAGGGCCGCUGCCGCUGUCGCAGCUUCCCGCGGUCGCAGCGUUGCGCUGGCCUCGCCUGGCAGCUAGCUGCAUUCCGUCAGUGCUUGCAGACCUGCUGAUGUGACUCUCCUUCUUGCUUCUUACGUGCGUGUGGAUGGUGCGGCGUGAGCCUCGCCGGCCCACUGGAGGGCACGGAUCUCAGUGCGGCAUCCUGAGUGCGGAUGCGACUGUUUGAUGCAGUGAGGGCCUCCCGAGGCGAGCUCGUGUCUCGACGAACGAGCGGGCGGCCCGGAGACACGAACGGCUCACGGCUCACAUAUGCGGAGCACCAGUAGUCUUUUUCUUUUCCGUGCGAAAGAAAGCAA